AGUUUAUCCAAUGAAAAUAUAUUCUUGGACUUAAAUAAAGAAAAUUAUAUGGAAAUAUAAAAAAACAAACAAAACUCACAACAUAACAUCUCUUAGAAAUAUCAUUAUUGUAACAGAAAAAGAAUAAAAGAAAUAUUAUGCAGAUUGUGAAACUUUAUUAGCUUUAAAAAGAAUUAUAGCAAAAUAUGUCUAUUAGGAAAGUAUUUAAGAUGAAUUUGAACGUUUAUAAACUUUAGGAUAGGGCAGUCAUUCAUUUGUUAUACAAUUAAAGCAUUUGCAUUCAAAUUUAUAAUUUGCUGGAAAAUGUAUUGAUAAAAAAAAAUUAUCUAAUAUUGAACAUGGAACUAAAGCUAUUCAAAAUGAAAUAUAUAUUAUGAGAAUGCUUAGUCCUCAUACAUAAAUUGUUAAUCUUCAUGAAGUUUAUGAUAGUGAUGAUAAUAUAUAUUUAAUUUUGGAUUUUUGUUAAGGUGGCAGUCUAUUGUCAGAAAUUAAAAAAAGAUAAUAUAAAUUUGAUGAUUAUGAAAUUUAAUAAGUUAAUAUUUUAUAAAAAUAAUAGAUUAUGGAAAACAUUUUGUCAGCAAUAGAGUAUAUUCAUAGUAAAGAUAUUAUGCAUAGAGAUUUAAAACCUGAAAAUAUUUUAUUCACCAAUCCAAACGAUUUUUCAACACUCAAAAUUGCAGAUUUUGGCUUAUCUACUAUCAGUAAAUUAACUCCAUACUUAUUUCCUAAAUGUGGUACACCUGGAUUUGUAGCUCCUGAAAGUAUAAAAUCAUAAUAGAACAAGUUGCUAAUAUGAAUGAUAAAUCUAAGGGAUAUAGUAAAAAAUGUGAUAUUUUUAGUUGUGGAGCUAUCUUUCAUCUGCUUUUGUUAGGAAAGGAAAUAUUUUAAGGAAAAGGCAAUGUAGAAAUGUUUAAAUUAAACAAAGAAUGUAAUAUCAACUUUGCUAAUCCAUUAUAUAACAUUUUGCCACCCUUAACAAAAGAUUUAUUGUAAUUUAUUAUUUAAUAAAAAUAUAGAUUUAAAAUGUUAGAAAUUAAUCCAUAAAAUAGACUUAAUGCUUAUGAACUUCUCUAGCAUUAAUACUUUUAAAUUUAUUAAUUUAACAAAUUAAAGGAAAUUAAUGAACAAGAGAUUUUAAAAUAAUGA